UUUAUGAAUUAAUUGAAGAGAAUACUAUAUCAAAUAUGUCAGAACAUGAAAGUAUUAACACAACUGAAGACAAUAUUCAACAAUACUUAAAAAAAUCUAAAAUUAAAAAUACUGAUUCUUGUAUACAAAAAUGGGUUCGAAUUUUACAAGACCAUUAUAAGAAAAAAAAUAUAUCAUAUAAAAUCCAAACAUUAGUAAAUAAAGAACAACUUGAAUUGAACUAUGUGAAUUUUUUGCUGAUAUUAAAUAACAAAAUAGAAAACAUUAUAAAGUCAAAUCAAUUGUAUUAA